AAAAAAUAUCAUGAUGUACCGGUUGUUGUUAUAAUUUUCAAACUUAGCCGAUUUUGCAUGAAUUUUAGAAAUAAAAAAAAAUUUACUGCAAGCACUGAUGCACUAUUGGACUUGGUGACGACGUCUUAAUAUGCAUAUAUUUUGUUUAUAUCGUUCAGUUUUGAUUUGAUAAAAUUUUAUCGCUACGAACUCCGUUAUGUUUCAUUGAUAAAAAUUCCAAAAUGACACAAGUUAUGUACGUUUUGCUGACUUGUGUGAAAUUACUUCUUCUACCGUCUUAUUUUUCGACCGAUUUCGAAGUCCACCGCAAUUGGCUAGCGACAACCUACAGUCUUCCAUUGAAGGAGUGGUACUCGGCCAAACAUUCAGAAUGGACAUUAGAUUACCCUCCACUAUUUGCCUGGUUCGAAUAUAUUUUAGCCCAAAUAGCAGCGUACGUCGAUGUGGACAUGUUGUCGAUACACAACUUGAAUUAUUCGUCUAAAGCUACGAUUGUUUUUCAACGACUCAGCAUUAUUAUAACAGAUGUUGUCUUAUUUUAUGGAUCUCAAAGGUGUGCCCGAUGUGUUACAUCUAUGGUACUGUCAAAAAAUAGAAAGAAGAAAAAUUGUGACGAGAACGAAACGUUUGUUGAAAUUUUGCUUAUAGCUAAUGUUACAUUGUUAUUACUCGACCAUAUACACUUUCAGUAUAAUGGUUUCCUAUUCGGAAUACUCCUCAUAUCUAUAUCGCACAUUUUAAAGGGUGAAAAUUAUCGCGGUGCGUUUUGGUUUUCCGUUCUGCUGAACUUCAAGCAUAUUUAUUUAUACUUAGCACCAGCAUAUUUUUUAUUUCUCUUGAAACACUUUUGUCUCACACAAAGUAAGGGAAUAGCGCUUCGACGUUUAUCAACACUGGCCAUUAUUGUUUUGGCAGUAUUUGGUCUGUCGUUCGGGCCGUUUGUUCUAAAUGGCGAGUUGUUCCAGGUUUUACAUCAAUUAUUUCCGUUUAAACGAGGUCUGUCUCAUGCGUAUUGGGCACCUAAUUUCUGGGCUUUCUACAACACAGCUGACAUCGGAGCCAAAAUAACAUUUAAAUGGUUGGGCAUCGUUAAAACUAAUGAUACCACAUCUAUGACUGGGGGAUUAGUACAAGAAUUCGAACACUUAAUUCUGCCGUCAAUUACACCGCCAACUACUUUCAUCUUAACAUUAAUUUUUAUGUUGCCGUGUUUGUACAAAUUAUGGAAGUCAAAAAAUUGUCGCACCGAUUUCGUUCGAUGUCUUGUAUUGUGCGGACUAACGUCGUUCAUGUUUGGUUGGCAUGUUCAUGAAAAAGCACUACUCCUGGCCGUCAUACCGUUAACAUUAUUAAUUAACAUUUCGUCAACCGACUGCGCAGUUUUUGCCAUUCUAUCGACCGUCGCCACGUACUCUGUGUUCCCGUUACUGUUCGAACCAUUUGAGUUCCUCACGAAAACCUUGCUGCUUUUACUUAAUGUAUACUUUUUGUUUAAGUCUGGUAAAUUUAAUUCGUCAAAUAUUAUAGAGAGAUAUUAUUUAAUAAGUCUUGGACCGUUACUAAUGUUUACCGAUAUCGGACUGCCGUUGUUCGGUGUAAAGAAAAAAUAUCCUUUUCUGCCAUUGUUACUCACUUCAUUCCAUAACAGUAUUGGAGUGUUGUAUUGUUGGAUCAAAUAUUAUUACAAUUACGUGUAUUAUAAAUUCAAACAGGUCUAAUGAUAUGUUGGUACGAUAUUGAAAUUAAGUAAAAUUAAAACUUAUGUUACACAAAUACUUUUUUAUUUAUUUCACAAAUACAAUUUUAUUUUCAUAA